AGUUUUACUCUUUCUGAGAGUGUUCGGCACUGAUGUACUUUUUUAUCUUUUGAUUCUUGUAUCAGAAAUAAAUUCGACUACAGUAUUUUCGGACAUCUCCCUCAUCCCCUUGUGCCAUGGGCUGAGGACGAGCUCGGGGCCCCGGCCUGGGUGGUUGCCAUGGUGAGGCCGAGGCCGCCCGCCGCCGCCGCCGCCGCCAGGUGCCGCUGGGGCCGCAUGUUUUGGUAGUGUCCCGCACCACAGCUGAGGCGAGGUCCGCGCUGCUCACCGACUGGAAGGAUGAGUGUAGAAAGAGAGGACAUUCUACUUCAAGUCAACAAUGUUCGGUACAAGAAAAACAAUGGACAAUUGUACCUCUCCCAAACCCGCAUGGGAUGGAUGAUGGAGGACUCUGACACCUCCACCGUCAGCGUUCUCUACAAUGAUAUCCGCACUCAGAAGAUUUCACCUGAAGGGAAACCCAAAGUCCAGCUCCAGAUUGUGCUACAUGACAUCUCUUCAUAUACCUUCCACUUUUGUACUCCAGAAGGAAGAGAAAAACAGAUUGCUGAAAGAAAUAAAGUUAAGGAGAGGCUCAGUCAGCUCAUGUCACAGAAUAGGAGGCAGCCUCCCGAUGAGCUCAUGGAAAAGAAACGGAUGCUGGAUGAAAAUGAACAGUUGCAGCAGUUGUACCGAGCUCUUGUUCCCACAUCUAUUAUCUCUGUAGAUGAGUUUUGGAAGGAGAUUGCAGGGCAAUAUAAGCAGAGCAUGGGGCCACAACAGGAUGUGGGUGUAUCAGGGGCCUUCCUGGCUGACAUUAAGCCACAGACUGAUGGCAGCAAUGGCAAGGUUCAGUACAACCUAACUCCAGAGAUUAUGUCAUCUGUAUUCAAGACCUACCCAGCAGUGAAGAAAAAGCAUGGCGAAUAUGUACCACAUCGCAUGACAGAAUCAGAGUUCUGGACAUUGUUCUUCCAGUCCCAUUAUUACAGUGUCCACACAACCAGCCGAACUGAAAAUGUCUUUUCUGAGUGCUCCAAGUAUGAUGAUAGAGAAUGGAAUAGAGAUGUUUUUUCAACACAAAGUGAUCCACUGAACAACCUCAGUGAUAUUUAUGAGGAGAAGCAACUGGCUGUAGAAGAUGAACUGAAGGUGGGAGGAGUGAAGGCUGGUAGCAAUGCCAUUCAUGCCCUCAUGAUCAAAAGAUUUAAUCAGCAUAACCUCAACAUUAUCAAAGCACAGACAAACUUAGAGAAGGAGAAGCUGUUGGAUGAAAUUGCGGCCAAGAACCCUAAUAGUCUGCCCAAUGGUGAAGCAGUUCAAGAACUCACUCAGCCCAAGAGUAAAAAGGCUAAAAUAGAAGAAAAACGGAUGAUUGAUGACUUGGAGGAUUCAAACAGGACAGAAAUCUCAUCUUUAACUAUUCACCAGCGUGAUCGCUACCUUACAGGCCCCACUGAAUAUACUCCGACUCACAGCAUACAGCCAGACCAGCUCAUGAUGUUAACCAAGCAGCUGACAACUACUGUCACCACUUGGACCCCAUCAUUGAACUGCAGCCAGGAGUCUGAUGCAGCGUACCGCUCACUGCAACACUUCAGUGACAUGUGCCGAAAGGGGCGGUCCUCCAUUGGGGUGCGCACAGGUGAUCAGCUUCCAGGAAAUCUACACAAAGAAUUAGGACAAGUAUACAGCAGUGCCGGAGAACUUCUUCGGCAUUUCUGGUCGUGCUUUCCUCCUAGGACUCCACAACUACAGGAAAAGCUCCAUAAAAUGCAUGAAACCCUCUGCCGUUACCAUAAUGUAACAAUAAGACCAUUCCAGGAAAUGGCAGUAAAUGACUACAAUUGCAAUAGCAGUAUCCUGGAUCACUUAAUAGAAAUGUUUCACAUUGCCAAUACAAAGUUUGAGAAUUGGAAAGCACGAAACUGCAGGUGAAAUUUAGUAUUAUUCAUUUAGGUAGUUUUAAAUAUUUAUAAAGUUAAAUUUUUAAUAACGAACAAAAACUGACCUCUACCUCAUAUGGUGUCAGUGUCUUAGCUUACUAAAUAUGAGCAAAAAUAGGCACUAUUUUUCACCAGUUUCAAAAGAAUGGAUAUGCUUGACUAAGGUGAUCCAGUCUUGAGGAGAGGUGCAACAGUUUGAGCCUGUUGGUGCUGGUGUUUCCUUGGUCAGUAUUUUACUCUUAUUAACAAUAAUUCUGCAGCUGAUGUACAGUCGGCCCCACACAUUGUCCCCACUACACCACCAGGUUGUACUAACAUGAAACCUCCACUGAUGGUGAGCGACUGCUUCAGAAAACAAUUUUUUCUAUUAAUAAAGGUAGCUGGACUAAUAUGUAACACACAAAAGGAGAUAAAAAAUAAUAACUUUUGUGAACUUGCAACUGAAAAUCACUCAUUUAACAAGUACUUGAAUUAGAGCCAAAAAUCAGGUUUCAUCACUAGUUUUCAACACUUUUAUGUUACAGCCAAGCUCCUCCAAGAUUAUUAAACCUACAAUAUUGGCUGAGGUCUCAUUAUAAAUAACAUGAAGUGUAGAUUGAAUUAAUCAAAAUAAAAUGUUUAUCUGUUUAGGUUUUGAAGUUAUGACCCUCUAAAUAUUGAGAACCCCAGCAACCCCAUUUUUUAAAAGUAUUAUUUUGUACUCAAAUAUCUAUCACUUUGAAACAAAGACUGCUGCCUAAAGUCUCGUUCAUCAAUAAUAGCUUAAAUUCUACAUUGUUUCAAACAGAACCUCAACCAUUGUUGCAGGUAUAAUGGAUUUUGAAUUUUUGUAGCUAGAGAAAAGCUUGUUCAAAGCCUUAGAAGUGUUUUACAAACAGAUGUUAUGUGCAAAAUAAGCUGAUUUUUACAAAGUUAGGGAAGCCUAUUGGGGUAAUUUUGCCACGGGUUAUAUUUUUUUAUAAUUUUGGCACACUGCUAGCUCAAUUAGUGAAAAUUCCGGGAUAGUUUGACUUUUGAUCUUAUGAACUAGUCACUCCCCUUAUUCUACACUUACUUUUCAAGUGUUUCUUGUUGCAAGUGGCUUGUGUCAGUGCUCAAGCAGCCUGAUGUAUGCAUCAUUGUUAUACAUCACAUUUUUACUAAGGGUUGAAGUGUGGGGCCUCUGUCCAGCUAUUGUUACCUCUGAAAUGUGUAAUUUUAUGCUCAAAUUUUCAUGCUUUGGCACCUGUUUUGUAUAUGAUUGUUGGAUGAUAAAAGUGGAUGAAACUUGCAGGGUAUAAUAGUUUGUUGCUAGUCAGCUAGAUUAUUCCCAAGGUUUUAGUAAAUUAGGUGUCUCUGAUACUUAGAAAAAUCAUAAAUGAUAUGCCAUAUGAAAUUUUAAACAAAAUAUUAUUUUUAAAAUAAACUUUUGACAAAAAUCUGCCCCAAAAUCAGUACACCUAAUAAAGUUCAUUUUGAUAAAUUUUCAAGUAACCCAACCUUCCCCCCAAAAAUAAUUAUAGAUUUAACCCAGUCUCGUACACCUCUUCAUGUAUUGUCAUAAUUCCUUUUCCUCCAACACUACAAGGUUUUUAUUUGCUCAGAUUGGUAGAUAUUAUAAGUAAGACUUUGGGGCAGAUUGAGCCUUAAUUCUGCCUUGAGCUCAGUGCAGUGGUGGAAUAAGUGAUUUGUGUGGGUGUGUAUUCAAACAGGUAGUCCUUCAUGGUGUUAGCUCCUGGUUGGGGUUGGAUCAUCAAAGGAAAAGUACAUAACUUGGUUUAUGGGGACGUCCUCACGGAACAGUUUACUAGCAAUGUGACUGAAUAACCACAGCAACCACAUUCUUUAUUCACUUUGUAAUGCUUCAGGAAACACACUUCCCAUCUUCAGACUAUAAAUAUCAGGUCUUACCUCUAUCAGCACCAGGCACCAACUAGAGGCAGUACAUAAUUUCCUGACAUUGAGGUAAACAUAUCCAGUGGUUCCCUUGAAUACUGGAAGAGAGGCGAGCAAUAGGACUGGAUGGAGUCUCAGGUUUUAUAUUGAAAGAAUGCAGAAAUCAAUUGGUUGGACCGAUAUAUGAUAUCAUUAAAUGCUCAUUAUCAACUGGUUAAGUACCAAAGGAGUGGCAGAGGGCUGAGGUGGUCCCUAUAUAUAAAAGUGGGAAAAAGGAAAAACUCUGAACUACAGACCAGUUUCAUUGACCAGUAUAGUUUGUAAAAUAUGUGAGAAAGUGAUGAAGAAACAAUGGACAAAAUUUCUAGAACACAAUAUUAUUACAGAAAAAAACAGUAUGGCUUUCGAAAAGGGUGUUCAUGUGUAACAAACUUACUGAGCUUUUACUCAAGAGUGGCAGACAUAACACAGGAGAGGGAUGGAUGGAUAGAUUGCGUGUAUUUGGACUUGAAGAAGGCUUUCGACAAAGUUCCACAUACAAGACUACUAUGGAAGCUGGAAAAUAAAGGAAGAUUGAAAGGGAAAAUGAAGAACUGCAUGGAAAGUUACUUAAGGGGAAGAGAGACGAGAACAGUGGUAAAGGACAUGAAAUCGGAAUGGAGAAUUGUAGAUAGUGGAGUGCCUCAAGGAUCGGUAUUGGCACCAAUACUUUUCCUAGUAUAUAUAAAUGAAAUGAUAUGCCGGAAAAAGUAAGCAGUUACAGAGCCUGUUUGCAGACGAUGCGAAAUUGCUGAGACAUAUAAGAAAGUAAAGUGUGAAAUUCUGCAAGAGGACCUAAAUAAGAUUUGGGACUGGAUUAUGAAAUGGGAGAUGGAGUUCAAUGUGAAGAAAUGUCAUGUAAUGGAAAUGGGAAAGAGUGAAGGGAGACCAAAAUGGACAUACAGAAUGGGAGAUGGAGAAAUAUUAAAAGUUCAAGAAGAGAGAGAUCUGGGAUUGACAAUACAAGAUAAUCAACCGUCUGAGAGUCAUGUAAAUAGGAUAUUCGGUUAUGCGUAUUGAAUGGUAAGAAAUAUAGAAAUAGCAUUCCACUACAUGGAUAAAGAUAUGAUAAAAAAGAUGAUUACCUUUAUGAUUAGACCAAAGUUGGAAUAUGCAGAAACUGUGUGGUCUCCCCAUAAGAAGAAACACUUAAAAAAACUAGAAAGAAUACAAAGGAUGGCAACAAAAAUGGUUCCAGAACUGGAUGGAUUGUCAUAUGAAGAAAGGUUAAAGGAAAUGGACCUGCCAACAUUGGAACAAGAAGAGAAAGGGGAAACCUAAUACAAAUUUAUAAAUUAUGGAAUAAAAUGGAAGAAGUAGACAAUGAGGAGUUACUACUAAGAGAAGGAAGAAACACCAGCAACACACGAGGACACAGUUAAAAAUUGAGAAAAGGAAGAUGCUUGAGAGACAAUGAAAUAUAGCUUCCUGCAAAGAAACAUAGAGGUUUAGAACAGACUAAGUGAGGAUGUAGUAUCGGCGAAGUGUGCACAACUUUAAGGAAAAGCUGGACAAAUACAGAUAUGGAGACGGGACCACACAAGCGUAAGCCCAGGCCCUGUAAAACUAAAACUAGGUAAAUACACACACACACACACACACACUGUUUUCACCCGGCCGUAAUGAAAGGGUUAAUUACUGAAAAACCCGGGCUCAUUAAUGGCCCACUUGUUCCAUACGACAGCCCCUUGUGUUCAGAUAUUCUAAUUCUUAGGUUCCUGUGUGUUCAACCCACACACCCGAUUUGGCAAUCAGGACAACAAAACAAAUAAACAUCAUCUGAGCACAAGUUGCUGGACAACCUAUCUUUAUAUUUAAAAAAGAACCAAUCAUGUUAGAAUUUGUAAAAAUAAACCUAAAAGACAAUUAUGGAAACUGCUUGUGAAAAAGUCAUGCAGCAUUUUCCUAAUUUUAUAACUAAAUUGUCCUUGAAAUGGCAGUGUAAAAGAAUUAAAUAUAUAACAUUAAAUAUAGCAUAUAACCAGAACUUAACAGCAAUGAAUCAUCAUUUAAAUUGAAUACUUUGGGUUAGUGUGGGUCAACAAUUAUUUUUAUCGUGGGUUUUGCUUUUAUUAUCGUGAUCUUUUGGUUAUUGUAUUCAAUAAUUCCUGUUUUGCAAUGCUAUGAAUAAGGUCUGGGAAUUAACAUUAUAAUUUUUAGUUUCAGCUCUUUAUUGUAGUUUUAAAAAUGGAACCACUGGAUCUGCUUACCUCAAUGUUUGAAAAUUAUGUACUGCCUCUAGUUGGUGCCUGGUGCUGAUAGAGGCAAGACCUGUUGUUUUUACUCUGCUUUUAACAUUUUUCAGUCUGAAGAUGGGAAGUGUGUUUCCUGAAACUUUACAAAAGUGAAUAAAGAAUGUGGUUACUGUGGAUAUUCAGUUACAUUACUAGGAGGAGUACAGUAUUAUAUGGUGUUUUGCAUUAGUGAUUUUCAUAAAUAAUAAGCCAGCACUUGAAUAGAACAGAGAACCAACAAUUAGUCAGGCUCUCCAGUACAACUGCAGUGCCCCAUGCAGCUUGCAAUCACCAUAUUAAGAAAGGUAUGUGUGGUGUGUUUGUCUUCCUUGGGCUCACCAGCUUACAUCUUGAACUUGACUUCCCCCACCAGAAUAAACAGAUAGACUUCCCACUGCCAGUGACUUUGCCUGAGCCAUCAAUUGUUACCUUUCUUGCCUCCCUACACCAACAAUAGUUCAGCAUCUCAAUUUACGAGUCAGUAUGCCUUGUUCCUUUAAGAACUGAUUUUUUAGAAAAAACGGAAAUAAAAUAUUUUUGUAGAGAAUAUUUCUGUAUAUAUUAUUUGUAUGAAAUUUGCUUAUAAACAAAUAAACUAUAAAUGGAGA